UGUUAACUACAACUUGUAACCAUUAGCAUCAUCAAAACAAAAAGUUAGGCAUGGAACCUAGUUCAAGGUUUGUGGUCUUGUCCUUGCUUGUUCUAGUGACUAUUACUACAACAAGCUCAGCACAGCUCACUCGUGGCUUCUACAACAACAUAUGCCCCAAUGUUGAGCAGUUGGUUCGUUCUGCAGUGCAGCAGAAAUUCCAACAGACCUUUGUCACUGCCCCUGCUACCCUCAGACUCUUCUUCCAUGAUUGCUUAGUUCGGGGCUGUGAUGCAUCUGUUUUGCUUUCAUCACCAAACAAUAACGCAGAGAAGGAUCAUCCUGAUGAUAUAUCACUUGCUGGUGACGGCUUCGACACGGUGGUUAAGGCCAAGGCAGCUGUUGAUAGGGAUGCUCGGUGCCGAAACAAAGUCUCUUGUGCUGACAUACUCGCCCUGGCUACUAGGGAUGUUGUGAACUUGGCAGGGGGGGCAUUUUAUAAUGUUGAAUUGGGAAGGCGUGAUGGGAGAGUAUCUACUAAAGCUAGUGUUCAACGCCAGCUUCCUGGUCCUGAUUUCAAUUUUAAUCAGCUAAAUGCUAUCUUUAGCAAAAUUGGCCUUUCCCAGAAAGAUAUGGUUGCAUUAUCAGGUGCACAUACAAUUGGAUUCUCUCACUGCAGUCGCUUCUCAAAGAGAAUCUACAGGUUCAGCCCCAGAAACACAGUUGACCCAACACUGAAUUUACAGUAUGCUUUCCAGCUUAGGCAGAUGUGCCCUUUAAAAGUUGAUCCAAGAAUUGCCAUAAACAUGGACCCUGUCACGCCUCGAAAGUUUGACAAUCAAUACUACAAGAAUCUGCAGCAAGGGAAGGGUCUCUUCACUUCUGAUCAGGUUCUGUUUACAGAUGCAAGGACAAAGCCCACGGUCAACUUGUUUGCAUCAAGUGAACAAGCUUUUCAGAGUGCUUUUGCUGAUGCUAUGACUAAGUUGGGAAGGUUUGGUGUUAAAACUGGAAAUCAAGGUGAAAUUAGGAUUGAUUGCAGCAGGCCCAACUAGAAAAGUACUGUUGUGGAUGGUACCGUGAUUCCUUUUGGGGGGAUUUAUAUGAGUUGUUUCUAUUUGAUAAUUCAUUGUUCUGUUAAUAAAGGAUAGAGUUCAUUGAGCUCUUUUUGUAUCUUCAAGCUUUUGGUUAAAAAGAGAGGAUAAUUUUUUUCUUCUACUGAAAUGGAACAUGUAUAUGCUUGAUUCUCCUUAAAUAAGGUCUUGUGUUUGUGUUCGAGGCUUGUGUAUGAAAAAAACCUCCUUCAUAAUAUGAAUGUUCUUGACCCAGCAAGAUUGUCUAUCAUGGAGAUACUUAUAUUAGACAACAAAAAAAAAAGUGUGGUUGCAUUAAUAAAGGAUGGAAUUCUUUGA